AUGGAGUACCAUUUUGUGCCUCCAGAGGAGCGCGCUAAAGAUGACAAGGGGAAUCUUUUGCCCUGGGGCUAUGUGUACAAAGAUGAAGCCCGCAACCCACGACGACCACCUGAAGAAAGCGGCCCAUUUGGCAAGAGAAGAAAUGCUCGCUACGAGCAAGCUCGCUCGCGUACACGUACUGGAACACCAGCCAAGCGCGAAAACCCCAAUGUAGCAGAAUUCGGGCGGCUGUUCGCCCAGCAACAAGAGGAGGAGAAGAGUCGCAAUAUCCUGCCCAAGUCUUCGUCGUCCUCCAGCCUUGACAACACACGAAAACAGACCGAGAAGAUUGCGACCGAGUGCAUACUUUACGGUUACAGGAGCAAGGAUGGCGAGUGGAAGGUCAUCGAUAAGUACGAGAAGAUCUCUCGAGGCUUGAUCUGUGAGGAUUAUCCUCGUAGCGAUCCGAACUCGACGAAUGGCUUCGCGCAACUGCUUAGUGGUGGCGACGUGGUUAUCCGGUCUAAUCUAUCUGCGGAUGCGAACCGCAAAUCGAAACGCUACGCUGGAGGUUUCCACUGGAUCAAGGUGACGUUUGACUCAACGAUCGCUGCGGAUCGCGCAUGCUUCUACUCUCCCCAGGAGAUCGACGGGCAUCUGGUCUUCUGUGAACUAUAUCAUGGCUCGGGACCUGCAGAGGAUGCUCCAAUUCCUGUGGACUCAUCAAAAGCCGUCCAGUUCAAGUCGAAAGCGCCGCGCACCUUAACCACUUCGCACUCUACUACAUUUCUCCAGCCGCAGGAUAAAGACCGUGCAGCCACGUUACCGCGAUCAUUUGCCAUGAACAACCUAUCAGGAGUAGCGGAAUCACAAGAAGAGGCAUCACAAAUAUCGACGAGCACCGCAAGCUCUGCCACCGCCACGGGAAUCGAGCAACCGUCUGCCCUUCAGCAACGCAAUGUCUCCAAGGAAUCAAAACCAGAGUCUGAGUUCAUGACACACAUCCCCACAGUCCGUCGAACCAAAUUACGCCCCAUUUCAGAAGCACUUCCGCCGCAGCCGACCGUGACAGAGCGUGUGCUACGGUCGAUCCCUAUUCUCAGUUGGUUUACUGGUGAUAUCGUCGGAGAUGGACCUCAGCUGCGUGAAGAUGGAAGCUUUGAUUAUGAUAAGUCGAACGCUUACUGGCGCUUCUGGUACAUGGUGGACAUGAUUCUGGGGACGGACAUCUGUGGACUAAAGGAGGAAUCGUGA